AUGAAUAACUCCUUCCCCACAUUGUCUACAUCUUCCAAGUUUGCACAAAGAGUGCACUUCUGUGCCUCGAAAAGCCUUGUGAGAAGUGAACGUGUAAGUAUAAUGAUGCGUACAGACAUUAGGGUACCUACUAAACAAUGGCUAGGACGAGAUGAAGACUUCUUAGAUUAUCUGGUCAACAAUGAUAAUGAUGCAGAAAAGGCAGAGCCUGUACUCAACUGUUAUGGCCGUGGAAAAAAGCUGCCAUCCUUGAGCAGCCUGAAAUUUCCAGAGAAAUUACUACAGCUCAUGUCAGAAGCAGCUCGAUCCAGUAGCUCCCUUGGUCGGGGGAAAGGUCGGGCAAAGAUUCUCCAACAGGUACCUUCUGAGGAUGCAUAUCCAGGGUCCCACCCAGGGUCACAUCGAGGUUCCCACCCAGGGUCACAUCCAGGAUCAGUGCACAGUGGAGGAAAGCUAAGUUAUAGUAGCAAUGAAAGACUUAGUAAAGGUGACAUUGGGCCUGAUGAUUUUGAAUCUGUAGACACUGACAGCACCCAUGACUCUCUGAAGAGAUACAAGUACAGACCUGCUUAUCAAAGUGGACAGAAGAUUGCACUAGACAAUAAUGAGACAGCUUACAUGAAACCGACUAGUAUCUUAAACCCAUCAAGACCAUUUAAAGGCUUCACUACCAUGGCAUUCCACAGAACCCCUGAUGUGAAGUGUACCGAGGAGUUUCCGACACUUUCUGGUGCAGUGGGCAAGACUAAACAGACAGUUGACAAGAAACAAUGGACUAAGCAACUAAAGGCUGUCAAACCUAAUGAGCCUAUAUUCAAUCAUUCCAAUGAGUUAAACAAUCUCACCACACUAAGGAAAACUGAAACCCACAAUAGCCAGAACAAGAAAAAAUAUUUGAAUGAUGAAGCUAAAAAGCCUAAACUUACACUGGCUAAUGCAUUUGCAAUGCAUCUUCCAACUUGUAGAUCUCAGGCCACACCUCAGCAAGCAUUGAACAUCUCACCAGAUGUUGUAGUUGAGGAAUUAUUCUUUGAAUCUGAGGGAUGCACUGAUGAAAGCAACAUUAAAGUUAUGAAUGCUAAAUACAGCCAAAAUCUUGUAAAUACAUGCACAAACAAACAAUCUCAGGGAAAUUCUGUAUCUAGUGAUAUUGAGCAUGGGAAAUCAUCAGUUCCAUAUUCUGAUCAAUUUCAAGAUGCAGUGGUUGAAAACAAUCAGGUGAACCAAAAGAUAGACAACCAAAAUGAUUUAGGGACAAAGACUCAUGAUGAAGGUGAUCCAAUCCACACAUGUUCUGCUUUGAUUCAGUUUGGACCAUUAAAAAAGGUGACAGGGCCAAAUGUUCUAACGAUGGAGAACCUGCCACUAAGUCUUGAACCAAUCAACCUGGAAGAUACUCUUCUCAUGUAUGGUGCUGUAGAGCACAUCCAAUUGUGUCAGCUAGAUAACUCAAUAACUGCUCAAGUCACGAUGGGAGAUGCAGACCAUGUUAUAUGGAUAAAAGAUGGUUUAGAUGGGGAUGAUGUCAUAUUUGGCCAAACAAUACGGUGCUACUCGAGUGAUUAAAACAACAAAUGGACAAUCAGAUAUAUGAACAUUUAUCCCUUGAUCUUCGGGGAUGUGGAAACAACAUCUAAGAGACUGACCAUCAGAUCCUGAGGGGGACCUAACCUUUUUACCAUCUAUUUUUCAUGAUUUUCUGCGAGAGGUCAUGUGAAAGUUUUAAUAGUACACAGGCAAAUUAUAUCAGGCCCCGUACAAGCUUGAACAAGGCUCCAAAAUUACGAGUCAGGAUAGGCAAAAAAUCACUCCUCGUUCAGUCCCAUACAGGGCUCGUUUAAAGGGCAAAUUCAAGCAAAUUUGAGGCACGUAAUUAUAAUUUGGAGGCUCGUAGUUUCUAAAUUUGAGGCCCGUACAAGUAUGUACAGGACCCAUAAUAGUAACUUUGAGGACUGUUCGAGCAUUAUAAUUGAACUAUUUUUCCAGCAAGAAAAAAAGAUAAUUCUACCAUUGACCUUUCUUAUCUUAUUACAACUUCGAAUCAUGCCUUAAUUAUGUAAUUAACUUACUGUUAUUACAGAUUAUAGGAAAAGUAAUAUAUUAUUUAUAUGGACAUUUUCCACAAGCUGAUAGCAUUGCUUACCCUGCCAAUUUGUUUCUUCGCUUUAUACUGUUCCAUCCUACAAUUACAGGCUUGUGAAUAUUUUGAAAAUAUCAAUGACAUAUUUAUCCACAUUUCCAUAAUAUCGAAAUCUAAUUUUUGACAUACUCUGUAUUUUAUUUCAUUGAUCACAAAAAGUUCA